AGCGUUUAAAUUCUGAACUUCAUUGUACAUUUCAUACUGACAGCCAGGUUAGGUCACCGGAGCAAAAUGACAACAUACACAGAUAAAGGAGAAAAGCAUGAGCAGGGCAGGUUCCUCUGCUUCGACCACUUAACAUUUUGGGUUGGAAAUGCAAAACAGGCUGCUUCAUUUUACUGUAACAAGCUGGGAUUUGAGCCUCUGGCUUACCAGGGUCUGGAGACAGGCAGUCGAGAUGUGGUGUCCCACGCAGUCAGACAAGGAAAGAUCAUUUAUGUGUUCUCCUCCGCCCUGAAUCCUGGAAACAAAGAGAUGGGAGAUCAUUUAGUGAAGCAUGGGGAUGGAGUGAAGGACAUUGCAUUUACAGUGCAGGACUGUGACUUCCUUGUGCAGAAAGCCCGAGAGCGAGGUGCAGUUAUUAUAAAGGAGCCGCACACGCUGGAGGACAAGCAAGGCAAAGUCCGGCUGGCUGUGCUUCAGACCUACGGUGACACCACACACACAUUUGUGGAGAGGACAGGUUACACCGGCUUGUUUCUGCCAGGCUUCAACCCCCCUCUGUUCAAGGACCCUCUAUUAUCCAAACUACCAAGUGGAAAGCUGGACUUCAUUGAUCACGUUGUAGGAAACCAACCAGAUGAUGAGAUGGUUCCUGUGGUUGAAUGGUAUCAAAGAAACCUCCUCUUCCACCGCUUCUGGUCGGUGGAUGAUAAGCAGCUCCAGACAGAGUUCAGUGCCCUUCGCUCCAUCGUGGUUGCAAACUAUGAGGAGACGGUGAAGAUGCCCAUCAACGAGCCGGCCAUGGGGAAGAGAAAGUCUCAGAUUCAGGAGUAUGUGGAGUACUAUGGAGGUCCAGGAGUGCAGCAUAUCGCCAUGAACACAUCAGACAUCAUCACUGCAAUCCGUAACCUGAAGGAGCGAGGGAUGGAGUUCAUGUGUGUACCGGACACUUACUACGACCAGCUGAGGGAGAACCUGAAAAACUCAAAGGUCAAAGUGUCAGAGGAUCUGGAUGUUUUGCAGGAGUUGAAGAUCUUGGUGGACUUCGACGAUAACGGCUAUUUACUUCAGAUCUUCACCAAGCCGGUUCAGGAUCGGCCAACCGUGUUCUUGGAAGUCAUUCAGAGACACAACCACCAGGGCUUUGGUGCAGGAAACUUCAAGUCUCUUUUUCAAGCCAUUGAAGCGGACCAGCAUGCGAGAGGAAACCUGACUGUCCUGACACCAAAUGGAAUUUCAAGGAACAUUUGAUACAUGUUUAAUCAGCAAUAAAUGUACUUUAAGAGUCUGUUUGUGGACUUAUUUAGCUUUUAAUUGGUAUAAUCGAUCUUAUAUUGUUGGAUACACAAUACAUGGAAGUGCACACAGCAUGUUUAUCAAAGCUGUUAUUCUUUUAGUCUUUGAGUUACAUGUUUUUUUUUACAAUGUAUCAUUUAAAGAGAUAAAUGUGGAUUGAACAUGACUUCAUUAUAGUCUCUCCUGUUUCUUAUUAAACAUAAUUUUCUUGAUGUUCUUUUUACAAUUGUAAAAAAAAAAGAGAAUGUCACAAGUUUAACAUUCAUAAUGCCAAACUAUAUAUAAAAUGUUGAAGAGAAAAUCCAUAUUAUCGAUACAAGCUUGAUUCAAGCAAAAACACAAUUCAAGCUCUCGUAAAUGAAAGACAUUUUUGUUGUCAUUUGAACAAAACA